AUGAUUCAGACACGAUUCGUUCAGAUUCUCUUGCUCGCAAGUUGGGCUGCGUGCCUCACUUCCAAAGCGCUUGCCAACAGUGUGGUCGGUCCCGGAGGGCGACGCAAGGCUUCCAGCCGCCUCAUGAGCGAGCUCCACCUGCGUGACCGACCUGCCAGCCACUCUUUCGCAAACGAGAGUCGUUCUGGUGCCGAUUUGUCAACAUCCGCGUGCGGCGGUGGACUGGUCCCGACCCCAAAAUUGUACGCUAGAGGCAAAGCAGACGAUAGGGUGCCGUUCAAAUUUGUAACAACAGUCUCGAAAGCGUGUAAUCAGCUCGCAGCAGAGAAGAAUGUUCCCGUCGCUGCCAUAUUUGGGCCAGCUGAACCGAACGAUCAAAGCAUUGCCAUCCGUUGCGCUUUACAGACUGUAGAGAAGAGCUGGAGUGACGUCACAGACAACAUUGCCGCAAGCGUUGGCCUGUCUGGCACUGGCAAGCCUGUAUGCGACACCAGUUAUGCAGCCGUGCCACAAAUCCUCACGGUGCAGGGAAGAACCCACAAGCAAUUGUGGCAAGCCUGGAGUAGUGCUUGCCUAGAAGUUGUGCAAGGAAAGCAUUUAGACCUUUUGCAAAUGCCAGCGCCUCAAUUGAUGGGACGCGGCGAGUGGAGGGUCCUAUGCGCUGGCAUCGACAAGUCCAACCAGCUUGUCGAUCUGACACUCGAUGGGGGCGGUCUCUUCCAGGUCUGA